UGAUCCCUAUAAUACGUUCAUGGAUCGUUUUACGUUAUUGCCGAAUGUUGAAAUGUACAUAAAAGAUAAAUUCAAAGUAGUUACUUCUUCAUCUAGAUACUAGCCUCCUGUAAGAAAGGGUCACCUCCCCAAGUUGUAUUUGCCUUCAGCAAAAAGAUUGGAUAUUGCACAUAAGACAUAAUCCAGUACUUUGCAAUGAUUAAGUCGUAAAAUUGCGAUGCCAUGGCCCUUCUUUGACUAUAAUUGAGGAGCUCAACAUCUUCCUAAAAGAGAGGCGAUAUAUUUCAAAUGGAUAUUCAAACUCAUUCAUGCAAGUCUAAAAUAAACUGACGACGCCAUGGCUUUGAAAGAAAAAAAAAACAACUGUUAAAGACUAACAAUAGUACAAAACAUAACAUAGAGAAGUAAAGACUAAGCAACACAAACCACGCAAAAUCUGAGGGGUGCUCCGGAAGGGAAGGCAGAUCCUGCUGUACAUGUGGCUCCCGUAAAUAAGGUACUCAUCAAGGAGCAAAAAGUUUUAUAAAUUAGAAACUCGUCCAUCUUCGUAAUUUUGAAAAAUGAUGGAUUAUCGAGCAACAAAAUAGAAAACUCGAUUGGAGUAAUAGUACUGAGCGGAGGAACAUACACAAUUUACCUCGAAAAAAAGGGAUGUCAACCUUUUGAAAUGUAAAUGGAGACUGCUGGUGUAUAGCAAUAUUAUCUUCUGUACGGAGUAAUGAUGAUUAAUAUGUGUCUUUGGUGUUAAAGUUCUCGAUGUUAAAUGUUGAUAUGGAGAUGGAUUCAGAAAGAUUUGACUUGGAUGUACUAUAGUUGGGGAGGGGUGUACAAUACUCGAUGGGUUUAAAGGACCCUGUUUUCUCUUUUGCGUCCUUUUACGGCGCCCUCUUCGUGAUCAGUUGGUUUUUUCAAACGGAGGUUUGUUCAUCUUCCCGUUGUUCAAGAAAAACAGUAAUUAUCAUCAUUUGUCGAGAACGGAAUGUGCCAUUUUGUUGUAACAACUCGGAGCUAAAGGAUGGACUUUGCAUAGAAUGUAGUCCAGGAUUCAUAUCAGUGGACGGAGAACCAUGCAAGAAGUGUCCUAUAGGAAGAUACGGUCGGAAAUGCAUAAAAAGAUGUUCGUGUAAACGAAACAGGUGUAAUAACGUACAUGGAUGUGUUGAUAUCAAUCAUUCCAGUACAGAAACGAGCAGUGGUGGAAGUACCGAAAUAUUCAAAGUUACCACCGUGAAUUCGAUUAUAACUAGCACAUACAAUGGAUAUUCAGAACAAAUCGAAAACAGCACUGCCUCAACCUACUCGUUCAUAAAAACAUCAGAACUUAAAUCGACUACAUCUCAGAACAGUGAAAAGCGGACCAUAGGAACUGUUAAAAACAGUAAUGAAGGGCUGCUGGAAAGAGAAAUUCUUAUCUAUUCUUUGUGUGGUGCAGGAUUUACUAUAUGCAUUGUAGUUUGUGUCUAUUGUUUUUGCAGCAAAAAGCUUAAACAGAGCAAAAAUGUUGAUAUUUGUGUACGUGAACAAAAUAAGGAAAAUAUAGAUAUACAUGACCAUAAUCUGCAAGGAUUAUAUGAUUUCAUAGAUGAAGAUGAUAUGUUACAAUUAGCUUCGAUCGCCAAAACCCGUAGUGAAUCCAGUAAUAGUUAUUCUUUUACUGUUUCUACUCACAGUGACGGCUAUUUAGAUCCGAUUUCAAGCAUUAAAAUUAGCCAUUCAGAUACAUCAACAUCAGAUCCGGCCAUUAAGAAUGAAAGCAGUAGUUAUAUUCAUCCAUACCAAGCUAUUAGUCAUCAGCCUGUUGAACAAUCACAUGAAUAUACCAGAUGUAUAGCUGUUCCUUACUUAGAACUGGUUGAUAUUGGUCGUUGUGGGAAAAAUGGAUAUAGUCAGAACGGAGGUUUUCAGAAACGACAAGCAAAAAUUAUACACAAUCUUAACAAUAAGAUGAACAUACAAAAAUAUAACCAAAGCGAAUCAGACAUAACAAAAUUUAAUAUAACUCCGUGUCCUUCAAAGAAAUGUAGAUCGUCUUAUUAAAUCAAAUAUUUUCAUUCGUUAAGAAUACCGUUCACUUCAUAUCCACAAGUAAGUGUUUGAGCGUUUACUUAGUUCGUUGAAAAGAUACCAUGAGCAUGGAGGGCGAAAGAUAUCUUUUAAUAGUACUAACGCUAUUCCAAUGGGACUUAAACAAUUGUUAUGAUGACUUUACCUCAUUACAUAGAAAUAAGAAGAUGUGGUAUGAGUGCCAAUGAGACAACUAUCCCUCCAAGUCACAAUGUGUAAAAAGUACACAAUUAUAGGUCAAAGUACGGAAUUCAACACGGAGCAUUGGCUCACACCGAACAGCAAGCUAUAAAUAGCCCCAACAUGACUAGUGUAAAACAAUUCAAACAGGAAAACCAACGGUCUAAUCUAUAUAAAAAACGAGAAACGAGAAACACUUAAGAACCACAUCAACAAACGACAAUCACUGAAACAGGUUCCUGACUUAGGACAGAUGCAAACAAAUGCAGCGGGUUUAAACGUUUUAACAGGCGCCAACCUUCACCCUAACCUGAAAUAGUAGUGUUAUAUUACAACAUAGAAAGACACACUAUAAAAUAUCAAUUGAAAUGGCUUAACUCAAUCAAAAAGACAUAUUAUUGGACAAAAUGGCAUUCAAUAAAAUAACGUACACAGGUAAAUCUAAAUAUAAUAAUUUUGUUGUUAGGAGUACGGAAGUAAACAUUUUUUUACAAAAUUAAUAAAUUUGUUGUUCACGCUACGAGUACAGAAGUGAAAGUUUAUCGUCAUACUAAAUACUUAUCAAAGGUGUUAACACAGUUCCUUUUUUAAUAAGUCCCUAUCAUUUGUGAGCUUAAACAACCACUUAAUUCUCUACACUACUUGACUAUUUUUUUUUAUAGUAAAUGAACAACUAAUACAACAUCGUAUGAACUUCCACUAUAAGGAAUGUGAUUCCGAAAUUUGUCCAGUAUUGCCAACAUAAAGCGUAAUCGAACUAUUUUUCCAGUAAAAAUAAUGUUAUUGGAAACAAAUAUUUAUUAAAUCCAUUUCUCGAUUUACCCUUUGAUAUUUUCCGAAUAUGUCAUAUUAUGCACUGAAACAGAUAAAAUUUCCAAAAAUAUACAAAAAGGCAAUGUUCUGAAUUUCUUAUGAAUUACCCGAU